CUCUUCUCCUCCUCUUCUCCUCUCCUCUCUUCUUCUUCACCCACUUGGAGUAUGAUGGCACCGAUGAGAACGAUGGGGUGCCUGCAGGCAGGUGGGUUGGUGCUGCUCCCCGCGCUGCUGCUGGUGGCGGCGGCAGUGUGCUGGAUGCCGUUCAUAAGCAGCGUUGCUGGAGAGGUGACGCUGGUGGAGGACGAUGUGGGCGCAUUUCACAUCAACACGAGCGAUCCAGCGAGCCAGCCCGUGUUUGUGAACGGGAUGAACGUGGAUGCGCUCUUUGAGACAGUGGCUGCACAGCAGAGCAUGUUGCAGGUGUACCAGCAAAACGUGCAGACGCAGCAGAGCAUGAUUGCCAUACAGCAGGACACGAUCACCGCUCAGCAGGGACGAAUCGACGCCCUUCGAGCCGAGGCGUGCAGCGCAAGCUCAUUCACCUUCGACGAUUUUGGCACUCUCGUCUUCAAAUGGGCUGGCGGGGUGCUGGCGAACAACGGCCUAAUCUACGCUGCACCUUUCAGCUCAGAGUCUGUGCUUAUCAUUGAUCCAAGCACCAACACCGCCGACACAACCACCAUCUCCGAGCUGGGCAUCGACAGUGACAAAUGGUCCGAUGCGGUGCUGGCGCACACCGGUCUCGUCUACAUGUUUCCAUCACACAGAGAAACCAUGCUCAUCGUCGAUCCCGAUACCAACACCGCCGAUACCACAACCAUUCAGUCCCUCGGUGUGGGAACGGGCAAGUGGUUUAGUGGUGUGGUGGCAGACAACGGCCGCAUCUUCGGCGUUCCGUUUUACGCCACCUCUGUGCUGCUCAUCGACGCCGCCACCAACACCGCCGACACCACCACCCUAUCAGGCCUCUCCUCUGCUACCCAUAAGUGCACGCUGCAAGGCUGCACGUGUGCCGCGCAGUGGACGACGGCAGCGUCUGGCUGCGACACCACCAUCCAGAUUGCGGGUUGUGGCCUUGUUGAGCCGUGCGGCGGCCCCACGCCAACUUUUCCCACCGGCUACCCGUACCCUCCAAACACCCACUUCUCCUCUUGGUGCAAGCUUGAAGCUUCGUGCGGCGCAUUCGCUUCCUUCGACUACUGCGAUCCGAGCAAAGGCGUGGAUCUCAGCGCACGCGGCCUCUCAAGUGUCGCCGGGUUUCGUUUUGGACCAAACGUCACGGAUAUCAACCUGUCAAACAACCCCAUCGACGACGCUUCCUUGUGCGACGCCCACUGGCCGCCCAUGCUCGCAAGCAUCAAGCUCAACAACAUUGGGCUGCAGAACCUGAGCUGCCUCGCAUCUCUCCCUGCCGGUGUCUCCAUCGACAUGAGCGACAACGCGCUGGGUGACGAACAGCUCUGUUCUGCCCGCUGGCCGGUUGCCUUGGACGCCGUCACGAUUCAAAACGCCGGUCUCACCGCUACCGCCAUGGCCUGCCUCGUGCACGCGCCCUUGCCCAACGACACCCGUGUGCUCAGCCUUGACAACAACGAUCUUACCAUUGUUGCAGAUGCAGCACUGCCAUCUCAGUUGCAGGUGUUGUCCCUCCAGAACAACGCCAUCGCAGCCAUCUCCCAGAACAAGUGGGUGUUGACGCUUCAGAUCCUGCGCCUGAAUGGAAACCAGCUCACCUCCAUCGCCAAUGCGUCGUGGCCCUCGUCCCUGAAGACGCUCCAGCUCUACGCCAACCUCAUCUUGUCCGCCGAUGGGCAACAGUGGCCGUCAACCCUCAACAUCCUCGACCUCGAGGAAAACCUGCUCACCACCCUCGACAACCAAGUGUUCCCCACCGCCCUCACAUACUUCUACGCUCGAUACAACGCCAUCACCAGCAUCACCAACAUCACUUGGUCGCCACACAUGGAGCACCUGUGGCUCAGCUACAACCACAUCUCCGAAAUCGACACGCUUCCAGCGAGUGCCACAAACCUGCGCCUGCAGAACAACACCAUCUCCACCAUCCAUGGCGUUGCGUGGCCAGCAAACCUGCAGUAUCUUCGCCUGCAGCACAACCACAUCUCCUCUCUCGACGCCCAGCAAUGGCCAGCUGCCCUGGUCUACCUCGACAUCGAAGGAAACAACGUCACCACACUCAGCAACCAAGUGUUCCCCAGCAGCCUCAACACGCUCUAUGCCCGAUUCAACGCCAUCACCAGCUUCAACAAUAUCACAUGGCCCUCGCACAUGGCCAGCCUGUGGCUCAACUUCAACAGCAUCACCUCAAUCGACACCUUGCCCGCCAGCGUCUCCCAGCUCCAGCUCAACAACAACAACAUCACAACCCUGGCCGGAGCGCAAAUGCCAGUGUCUGCAACAACCAUUCUCCUCUACAACAACCGCAUUCCCGACAUUCCCGUCAACCUCACGUGGCCCGUCGACCUGGAGGUGCUCUCACUCAACAACAACGACUUGACGUCGCUGGACCAGCAAGCCUGGCCGCCCACACUCCAAACGCUCGAAGUCAACAACAACCACAUCACCACCCUCGCCAAUCAAGUGUUCCCGGACACCUUGGUCGCGUUUCUCGCAAGCAACAACAACAUCAGCAGCCUCUUCAACGUCACCUGGCCGUCACCGCACAUGCAGUCCGUCCUCCUCGGCAACAACUCCAUUGCACGCAUCGACACCCUGCCUGCGAGCGUGGCAAACCUUGACUUGAGCGGGAACACCAUCACGAGCCUCCAAAACGUGUCAUGGCCUGCGGACAUGAUCGAGCUGUCUCUGCGAGAUAAUUGCCUCACCAGCAUCCAAGGCGUGCAGUGGCCGUCAACACUGACCCUGUUGCUGCUGGAUCACAAUGACAUCAGCGACAUAUCAGGACAGGCGUGGCCCCCAACACUCCGGGAGCUCGACUUGCAGGCCAACAACAUCAGCAAUCUCGACAACCAAACCUGGCCCGAGACCAUCACCCGCCUCUGGCUGCGGCACAACCGUAUUGCCAGCAUUGCGUCUCAGAAGUGGCCCGCCGCCCUUGAAGUGCUGUACCUCUCCAACAACCGCAUCGCCAGCAUUUCCACCAACGCGUCAUGGCCACCAACGCUCCAGUAUCUCUACUUGCAUGACAACGCCAUCACCCACCUUGGCUUGCAGCAGUGGCCCGACACGUUGCGCGACAUCUUCCUGGACGAGAACCGCAUCUCCACCAUCGACAAUCAGCGGUGGCCACCAAACCUGAACCAGCUCCUCCUUGCCAACAACAGCAUCACCAGCGUCACGGGGCAGGUCUUCCCUUCGGGGCUCACUGUCCUGUUGCUUAGCGGAAACAACAUCAGUGACAUCAGCAACCAGCGGUGGCCACCAUCGCUCGUGACGCUUGGCCUUGACCGAAACAACAUCACCAGCAUUUCCAACCAGACGUGGCCAGCAGGUCUCACGCUGCUUGGCCUCUCCAACAACACCCUGGGCCCCGACGGCAUUGUCGGCCAGACAUGGCCACCUGCGCUUGACGCCCUCUUCCUUGACUACACAGGCAUCAGCAACAUCUCUGCGCAACAGUGGCCGCGCAACCUGACCAUGCUGCGACUCGAGCACAACAGCAUCGCCGACAUCAGCAGCCAGUCCUGGCCGCCGGCAGUGAAGGUGCUGCAGCUCUCUGACAACAACAUCCAGAACAUCACCGCACAGGCGUGGCCAGACACCGUCACCACGCUUGCCUUGAACGCCAACAGCAUCUCUACGAUCGACCAGCAGGCGUGGCCCAAGGCGCUACAAAUUCUUCGCCUGCAGCAGAACGCCAUCACCUCCAUCAUCAACCAGCGGUGGCCUGAAGGCUUGCGGGAGCUGCAGUUGCACGAGAAUGGGAUCUCGGCCGUUGGCAAGCAGCAGUGGCCACAGUCUUUGGUGACGCUGUUUCUUCACGCCAAUCGCAUCACAAGGCUGCCUGCUGGGCCCGGCGCAUGGCCGCCAAGUCUCAUUCGCCUCACCCUCCACAACAACACCAUCGGCUCCAUCAACGAACAGCAUUGGCCACAAACCUUGGAAAGCCUCGUGCUCGUGAACAAUAGCAUCACCUCCUUGCCACAACGGCAGGGCUAUUGGCCCAAGCCGCUGCGAAACCUGCUGCUUGCCUUCAACUCCAUCACCAGCAUCGACAAUCAGGUGUGGCCACGUGGUCUGGAGACGCUCUUCCUGCACCAGAACAACAUCACGCAGCUGCCAGUUGGGCCAGACGUGUGGCCUCCGCGGCUGCGCGCACUGACUCUCGGCUUCAAUGCCAUUGCCAGCAUCCAACAUCAGCAGUGGCCACCCACACUUGUUGACCUUGAGCUGCAGCGCAACAACAUCAGCUCCAUCCAAGGCCAAGUCUGGCCACCGCGGUUGACGGACCUGUGGCUGCAUAACAAUCCGCUCAAGUCAAUUGAAGGGCAGCUCUGGCCCUCAACCUUGGAGAUUCUGCAGCUUGCCGCGACGCAAAUCAGCAGCAUCGACACCCAGGUCUGGCCGGCAACCCUGAAAGAGCUGCGCCUGAGCGACAACGCCAUUGCACACCUGCCAACCACCACGGGCUACUGGCCACGCGGGCUGGAGGAGCUUGACCUCGGUGACAACGACAUCGACAGCAUUGAGGGCCAGCACUGGCCCGGCUCGCUGCGUAGCCUCUCUUUGUCCGGCAAUAAAGUCCGGAGCAUUGUUGGGCAGGCAUGGCCGAUGCGCUUGGAGCACCUGUUCCUGAGCGUCAAUUUCAUCCCCAGCAUUGAGGGGCAGCCGUGGCCGCGCGGUCUGACUCGUCUCUUCUUGUCGUCCAACGCCAUCACAAAGCUGGGCACACAAGUCUGGCCGCCUGGGUUGCUGGAACUCAACUUUAACUCGAACCAGCUGACCUCCGUUGAAGGCCAGUCGUGGCCGACAACCUUGCAGCGACUAGGCCUGGCAAACAACAAUCUGCAGAGGUUCGAUGCUGAGGCCCUUCCAAAUGGCCUGGAGGACCUCACGCUGUUUUCCAACGACAUCAGCGUGCUCGAAAGCACUCAGUGGCCUUCCAACCUGAAGGAGCUGGGCCUCAGCUCGAACCGUCUGAGCGACGUCAGCUCGCAACAGUGGCCGCCUUUGCUGUCUGUGCUGAACCUACGUGACAACAAAGUCUCCAGCGUGGAUGGCGUGAACUGGCCUCUCGAGCUGCGUCUUCUGCUCCUUGACACCAACCGCAUCACCAGCAUUGCACAGCAGACGUGGCCCUCGACUUUGACCCUGCUCACGCUCGGCAGCAAUCGAUUGACGUCCAUCGCCAGCCAAGUCUGGCCGCGAGCUCUGCUCACGCUGCGGCUGGACAACAACGCCAUUUCUUCCGUGGCGAACCAAACCUGGCCACCCUCGCUGAAGACCCUGUACCUUCAGCGCAACGCCAUCGCAUUUGAUGACGACCCUGCUGUCAAUGCCGCGUUCCACACAGCGUCAUCCCUCACGACGCUUGACCUCUCCUUCAACGACAUCUCCAGUCUGCAGGGGGUCGUAUUCCCGGAUGCGCUGCAACGGCUUGCCCUGAGAAACAACCGCCUGACCACACUGACGCAGAAUGUGCAUUGGCCACCACAGCUGACGCGUCUCAUUCUCGACGCAAACCCAUGGGAGGCGCUGAUCAAGAACAACAUCCACCUACGUGCUGGCGACGCCAUUCCUGAGCUCACGCGUGGCCUCCCCUGCACCCUCGAGCAGCUCAGCAUCGAGCAUGGCGUGCAGCCAUGGAGCUGCAGCCGCCACACCGUUGCCGCUGACAUGUGCGACGAUGACAUGGUUGGCAGCUGUAGUAUUGCAGGCAUCGGCAAGUGCUCGUGGCCUUCCAAUAGCAGCGCGGGCGCCACGGCAUUGAUGGAUAUGAUGUUGGCGAACGGCAGCACCAGCACCAGCACCAGCACCAGCAGCACCAGCACCAGCAGCACCAGCACCAGCAGCACCAGCACCAGCAGCAGCAGUAGUAGUAGCAGCAGCAGCAGUAGUAGUAGUAGUAGUAGCAGCAGCAGCAGUCACCGGCAACAACAGCCACAACAGCCACAGCAGCAGCACAUCUGGUCGUGUGAACUGACGGAAAGCGGACAGGCGCUCGUGUUGGCGCAAGACGCCAGCCGUGAGGUGAUUGCUGAGAAGCAGGAAGACCAGACAAACGUGUUCUACGGCGUUGUUGGCGGCGCUUUCCUGUUGCUGUUUGUGCUCCUGGUUGCGCUGCACUCCAGAUUCCAAGGUGUGAAGCGCAUCGCACUGGUGCUGUUGAUUCUCUUUGAUGUGGCCACUGACUGGGGUUUCUGGGGCCUGGUGUUGACCACAGACGACUUCCGAGACAGCUACCAGUGCGAAACAUCCUUUCCAGUGUACCGUUGCGAGGGCGCGGGUGCUGGCUUCUCAUGCGACAGCUAUGGCGACUUGAAGAGCGUGUGCGGCGGCCUGCCGUUUGCUCCAGCAGAUGCAACAAACGAGUGCGAGUGCAACAGCAACACCUGCUUGUCCGGGUUUGUGUCCUUUGAGGAAACAGGCAGCUUUGUUGUUGUUGAAGAUGCGUGUGACUUGUCACUGGACACGGACGACACUGGAUUCGUCAAGUUCCAGCUGCAGUCGUGCACGACUUUUGGGUCUCUGGACAAUUUCGCCAACCACACCUGCGGUUACCUAAACGCCAACGACCCGAAUGCAACGGGCAGCAGCGAGUGCGAGUGCUAUGGCGGGCAGUGUCGCGUGGUGCCCGGUGCAAGCGGGACGUGCCGCGGGUUUUACGGCGGUAACUACGAGGCGCUGGUGUGGGCGGCGUUUGCCUCCGUCGUUGUCGGCACCGCCAUCGCCUUGAUUGAGGCGGGUCGCGAAUGGCAGAGCCAGCGCCGCGUCCGCGUCCACCUCACGUCCCAGCUCGCUGCCAGAGACGGGGGCCAGCGUGAGCAAGAGGCGCAAGAGGCACAAAAGGAUCAAGUUGAGCAAGAUGGGCAAGAUUACAUGGAUGUGGUCGAGGAGGAUGGGGGUGGUCAAGACGACAAAGGUGCAUCGUUUGACAUCGGAGUCCCGUUUGACGCCUUUGGUCAAGAUCGGCAGGCUGGCGACGGUGGGUUGGAGCUGGAGCCUGGUGGGGGUGCUGACGAUGGAGAUGGCGAGGAGGAUGGUGGAAACGGGGAUGACAAGGGUGACAAGGUCGACAAGGUUGACAGGGUCGACAGGGUUGACAUUGUGCUUGGUGUCCUGAGGCUGUUCCUGGAGGACUUGCCGCAGCUAGGUGUGCAAGUGAUCUACCUCACCGUGCUCGGGCAGGAGCACGAGCCCACGGCGAUUCUGAGCCUCGUCGUGACCUGUGUCUCCAUUGUGGUGACGACCGUGUGGAUGAUGAGACAGUUGUAG